AUGCUCGCGGCGAGCAAGAAGAUCGGACGUCUGCUCGUGCUGCUGCUGACCACCUACCCUCUGCUGGCUGAAGCUGGCGGCAGGAGGGCAGGAAGUGGCAGGCGAUGCUUGUCUGCUCUGGUAGAGCCACCGACCAUCGGUCAGUGCACAAACUUGUUCAUCAAGGCGGUGGAGUACCGAGCAUGCGUGAGCAACGAGAGCGAAGUGCAAGCCAAGGCGACAGCAGCAAGAACAAAGCUCUCAGUCUCGGAUCUGAGCGUGUACGUCAACCUGGCACAGAGUUUCCUCAACCAGCAAUGCCGCCUUAUCUGGCAGAACUGGGUCACUCCUCCGUACUUCGUCUACACGUGCUAUGGUGGCACCAAGAACUUGCAACCCUGCAACGGCCCUGAAGAUCACUUCACAUGUACCUUAGGUACAUGUAUACAACUGCAGCAGAACCCCAACUGGCCGGUCAAUUGGUGGAACAUGAUCCAAACUAGUCAGUUUGGGGGGAUACCAACCACUCUCUACAACACGAGACAAUGGUAUUGCCCUUCUCAGCUGGAGUAUGAGCUGGGAACAGUGUCUCUCGGAUCAGUGACGGAGACGGUUUACGCUCCUUCCUCGAACCCCUGGAUCUUGAGCGAGUGCGACUUGGUGGACAGGUUCGGGCUGCCGCUGCCGAAUGCUGACGCUCAGUGCGAGAACGUGACGGACACAAACCCUGUGAAGGACCAGUGCUGCGGCUACUGCGUUCUCAACAACGCUCAUCUCAUGCGCAUGUGGAACUGCACGGCGUUAGGAGACCUCGCGCAUGACCCUGUUGGCUUGAACGCCCUCGCCCAGUACUGUCGCUUGGGAGGCUGCAAGGAGACUCGUCCAUGCCUAGGGAGUCCUGUGAAGAUGGGAGACCCCAAGACUCUGCUGAACCCCCUCAGUUAUGCCGUGCAGUGCGAUCAGCUCAACUCAGGCUGUCAAGAUCAAGUGUGUAAACUACGUUCGGCAUGUGAUAACAGGAUUGAAGCUCUGCGAUCUCGUUUAGGAUAUGGCCUUUCCGCCGCAUCCAGCCAUUCUUAUUCUUUUCUAUUUGUACUGUAUUUUCCGCUAAUGAUUAUGUCAUACAUGAAUAUUUGAAAGCACUAA